GCCAGUGAGCGCCCGGCUCCAGCAAGCGCCACUCCCAGCAACCGGAACGUUUGCGCGUCGCCACCGCGCGCGGCGGAAGGACUUCGGCGGAGCACUUAGAGCGGAUUGAGCUGAACUUCCGGCAGAGCAGAGCUCUGCAGGACAGGUACAAAAUGGAUGAAGAGCCUGAAAGAACUAAGCGAUGGGAAGGAGGCUAUGAAAGAACAUGGGAGAUUCUUAAAGAAGAUGAAUCAGGAUCACUUAAAGCUACAAUUGAAGACAUUCUUUUCAAAGCAAAGAGAAAAAGGGUAUUUGAGCACCAUGGACAAGUUCGACUUGGAAUGAUGCGCCAUCUAUAUGUGGUAGUAGAUGGAUCAAGAACAAUGGAAGACCAAGAUUUAAAGCCAAAUAGACUGACAUGUACAUUAAAGUUGUUGGAAUACUUCGUAGAGGAAUAUUUUGAUCAAAAUCCUAUUAGUCAGAUUGGAAUAAUUGUAACAAAGAGUAAAAGAGCUGAAAAACUGACUGAACUCUCAGGAAACCCACGGAAACAUAUAACAUCUUUGAAGAAAGCUGUAGAUAUGACUUGCCAUGGAGAACCAUCUCUUUAUAACUCCUUAAGCAUGGCUAUGCAGACUCUAAAACACAUGCCCGGACAUACAAGUAGAGAAGUCCUAAUCAUCUUUAGCAGCCUCACAACCUGUGAUCCCUCUAACAUCUAUGAUUUAAUCAAGACCCUAAAGGCGGCUAAAAUCAGAGUGUCUAUUAUUGGAUUGUCUGCAGAGGUUCGAGUAUGCACUGCGCUUGCUCGUGAAACUGGUGGCACAUAUCAUGUUAUUUUAGAUGAAAGCCAUUACAAAGAAUUGUUAACACAUCAUGUUAGUCCUCCUCCUGCUAGCUCAAAUUCUGAAUGCUCACUUAUUCGUAUGGGAUUUCCUCAGCAUACCAUUGCUUCUCUGUCUGACCAAGAUGCAAAACCCUCUUUCAGCAUGGCGCAUCUGGAUAGCAGCACUGAGCCAGGACUUACAUUAGGAGGCUAUUUCUGCCCACAGUGUCGGGCAAAGUACUGUGAGCUUCCUGUUGAAUGUAAAAUCUGUGGUCUUACUUUGGUGUCUGCUCCCCACUUAGCACGGUCUUACCAUCAUUUAUUUCCUUUGGAUGCUUUUCAAGAAAUAUCCCUAGAAGAACAUAAUGGAGAAAGGUUUUGUUAUGCCUGUCAGGGGGAAUUGAAAGACCAACAUGUCUAUGUUUGCAGUGUGUGCCAGAAUGUGUUCUGUGUGGACUGUGAUGUUUUUGUUCAUGACUCUCUCCAUUGUUGUCCUGGCUGUAUUCAUAAGAUUCCAGUUCCUUCAGGUAUUUGAUCCCAGCAUGUAAUGCACAUUGAAUGUGUUAAAAAGAAAUUUGCGGCUGUAAAUAAAAUGAUUCUUUAGUAGAAACUCCAGUUACAAUAUGAAGAACAGUUUGAAAGGAAAA